GUUAGUUUUCGAGGUCACAGAGAAAUGACAGAAGACUUAUUUUGACGUUUAUCAAAAUUCUCUCAAUAAAAAAGUUGUACUCUUUAUUACCACAUCGUAUUAUUAUGAUUAUUAUUUGGGCACGUCAUGAGAGAUCCUCUGACAUCGUGUGUUCCUGAUUAUUAUGUCCGAGCAUGUCUCUAAACAUGUAUCGCCCCUCGGUUUCUACAUCCGAAUCGAAUCGUAAUAUCGUCAAUCUUUUAAGCAGCCGUCAAAAGGACGCGAAUAAAGCCAAAAAGGUCGAGCAAAACUGUCAGUUUACGGAGCCUUUAAUUCGUCGACUUGGACUUGAAAAAGAGCUUGAAGGGCAUCAGGGUUGUGUUAAUUGUCUUGAGUGGAGCUCAGAUGGGCGGGUUUUAGCAUCAGGUUCAGAUGAUACCCAUGUUCAUUUAUGGGAUCCUUUCCUUCAUAAAUGUUUAAAUAUCGUCAAAACUAGUCAUAUUGGAAAUAUAUUUUCUGUUAAAUUUCUUGGAGAUGGUUCAUUAAUUGCAACUGGUGCUGGUGAUUGCCGAGUUAUAGUGAAAUCGGUUGAUGAUACAAAAGCAAAUAGUCCUUUAAUUGAUUGUAGUUGUCAUUUAAAUCGGGUUAAAAGACUCGCAAAAUGCCCAGAACAACCUUUACUUUUUUGGUCAGCAAGUGAAGAUGGUUUGGUGAUUCAAUACGAUAUCAGAGAAUCACAUAAAUGUAAUGUGAAUAGCAAAGUUUUUAUUGAUCGUAGCCGAUCGAAUGAAUUAAAAUGUAUCGCGAUUAAUCCAACAAAACCCCAUCUAAUGGCUGUUGGAGCUAACGAUUGUUACGUAAGAAUGUACGAUCGUAGAAUGGUAAAAACGGUGAAAUAUCGAAAUUAUCGCCAAUCCACAUUGAAUAAUCCCGAAACCAUCGGUGUUCAAUAUUUCGCCCCCGGCCACUUAGCUAAAGACAACGUAAAAGAGUUAGGGAAUAAAUACGCAGCUACUUAUGUUGCUUUUAACGCAUCCGGUUCGGAAUUAUUGGUUAAUAUGGGCGGGGAACACAUUUAUUUAUUCGAUAUAAACAAUCAGAGAAAAGUUGAUGAAUUAAAGAUCCCCGAAGAAUUCAAAGACGAAAAAUUAGGGAAAAGAAAAAUAAAUUCAGAGUUAUUCGCAAAUUUAUGCAUUGAGAAAGGGUUGAAAUUGUUUCAAAGAAAUUGGAUAGGCGAUAUGUAUCAAGCAGCACGAUAUUAUUUAUUAGCAAUACAACAAAAACCUGAACAACCCAAACUUUACCUUUCAUUAAUAAACUGUUUAGUACAUUUAAAGUGGCUAAAAGAAACGGAAUCGUGGUUAUCAAGUUAUAAAAAAAAAUUUCCCGAAGAGGACCCAAAAUUAACUCAAAUAAUCGAAGAAGCAAUCGAAGGAAUGAAAUCAACCAUCAAUUCAAAUCCGAACGAAUCCUCCAAUAACAACAAUUUCGGCCAAUUUUGUGAAAACUACGAAUUUAUAAGCGACGUUGAGAAAGAAUUGAGACAAGAAUCGCGAGAUUUUGAACUAAGAUUUGUGGGGCAUUGUAACACGACGACGGAUAUUAAAGAAGCCAACUUUUUAGGUGAAGAUGGAAAUUUUGUUUGUGCCGGUUCCGACGAUGGUUUAAUUUUUAUUUGGGAUCGUAAAUCGACGGAGGUUUUAACGGCUUUAACGGGAGAUACUUCGAUCGUUAAUUGCGUCCAACCGCAUCCUAGCGCUUGCUUUUUAGCGUCGAGUGGAAUUGAUCCUGCCGUGAAACUUUGGGCGCCCAAGAAAGAAGAUGGGAUAAAAAAUCCUCAUAAAAUAUCCGAAAUUCCUAAAAUGAUCGAAGUGAAUCAAAUGAGGAUGUCGAUGGAUCCCUUUGAAACUAUGAUGGUGAACAUGGGUUAUCGAGUUCGGUAUGGAAACGCUGAUAAUUCACCGAAUUCGGCUCAAACGAUUUGCCGCGCUAGUUAACUGUCGCUAGGGAUUGUCUCUCCGCGUUAGGGAAAAGAAAACGCAUUUUUUUUCUUGUGUAAAUUUAUACAUUUCUUGUUAUAGCCUAGAAGAUAUUUAUAUUAGGUUUUAAUUAAAUGUAAAUAUUCUAUGGAAAAGAGGAUGAGAUGAAAAACGGAAAAAAACGGAAAUAUCAUCAAUUCUUAUCUCUAAAUUGUUGUUUUCUCUUAUAUUUUUCGAUAAAUAUAUCUUUGUAAAGAUUCACGUUAUUUAUAUUACUUAAAAUCUCGGCCCAUAUUUUUUUUUUUUAUUUCAACUUUGUUAUUUACAUCUUAAUGGUUUAUUUUAAGUCUUUAUUUACUCUUUAUUAAUUUUUU